AUGAAAACCCAAAUAACAGACAUAAAUCAUUUUGCUUUCUUUCGCAUACUCGACAUUCUGAAGGAAAACUGUGAAACACAGCAUGGCGAUGAAACUGAGGACAUCAUCAAAUACGCUGAUAUCCUUAAUUUCGCUACCGCAAGCUUUAAAUUUACACGAAUCGUUAGGGACUGGGAUAAAAAUUUCUACGCACGUUUGGCGAUACAUAAGUUGUAUGUAGCUCCGCGCAGAAAUAUAACCAUAAGCCUUGACGCGAUGUAUAAAACUCUAAAUGCAGAAACAGAGGAAGGAAGAAAACAUUUGGUGAACAUCAUAACUAGUGUCGUAUCAAAUCCCAGUCUUCGAAGACUUAAACUGAAUAAUCUUGAUGCAUUCUUUUACAAGGAGCACUCGAGUUUCGCUGAUGAAAUUUUAAAGAUAUUGCAAUUCACGAACAGCAAACCAAUUGAGUUAAUUCUUAAUAUACCAGGUCGUGAAAUACGUAACCUUCAUGGCUUUCGAAAUAUCUCCAAGCUCAUUCUAACAGCUUCUAUUGAAAUUUCUGACCUUGAGAAAUUUUGCCUUUAUAACCCUAAAUUAAGUACCUUGGAAGUGAAUCAAAGUCACUUUUCCGACCAUGGAAAGCUAGCUCAAAUCGUUCCCCACUGCUCCAAUUUAAAGAAUUUCAAAUUUAUACUGGAUGAUAAUGCAAGGGAUAAUGAUUACGUCAGACUAUCGCGUUUAAAUAGACUACAAAAAUUGAAAAUUCUGCUGCCUGAAAAAAAUGAAAAUGAUAUGGAAAUCGACAUUGAAUCGCACGAAGAAGAAGAUAUGGGCAUGUACUCCGAGGAAAUUGGAGCAGUCUCAACUUAUACGCGGUCCAUUCCAAUCUUUCAGCUCCUUAAAGCUUUACACGAAAAGGAAAAAUCUACACUAAGGGAAUUGUGUUUAGGUUUCGACAUUGAUGAUGAAAUGGUACAGAUUAUUUCGAAAUUAAAUGAACUACGAGGGUUGGAGUGCGGAUUUUAUGAUCCUAAGAGCGUUAGGCAUUUUGUACAACACCCAAAUCUUAAACGAUUAAGCACACUCAAUAAGGCUUCAAUAGUUACCGAUGAUUAUGCAGCUUUGCUAGAAAAACAAUGCAGUGUCUCAAAUUUAGACACAAAAAUUAUUUUUAAUGCUAAGGGAAACCUAAGUAUAUUUACAGAGAAGGUGGACAUUCUUCGGUUGGGUAACUGUGAAUCGUUUUUGAAACUGAAAAACCUUAGAAAAAUAUAUGUUCCUGACAAAAUGAUCAAAUAUGAGGAAUCGACAUUGGACCGGUUUUUGGCGCUCGGUGUGGAACUGUGGAACCUUAAGCCUGAUUCUUUUUCUGGCCAAGUUUAUAGUACUCUUUUAAACGAUUCCGAUGAAAAUAUAUAAAUUAAACACAUA